CGUAUAUAUAAAUUAAAAUCAAGGUAUAUGUUUUAAACCAGGACUAGAGCAAGUUGACUAUUCUACUUACAUUUACAAAAUGAAUACCUUUACGUUGAGUUAUGUUAUAUCAACUCUUAUUAUUGUGUGUUUUGGAAUUCCAGUGUUAAAUACCGAUAAAGCAAUUCAGAUUGCAACAGAACUUGUAUCUCGUGGAAAAGCAGAACGUCUUGUAACAGCAGCGAAGUGUUUCACGUGGUGCAUCAGCAGAGUGAAAUUUGACCCAACUGGCGAAAUAUGUACUCAAGUUUGUAACACACAGUUUCCAACGACUGUAAGUCCAACCACAACUGGUAUUCCUACUACAUCUACGAUUUCAACUACUAAAGUUACUCCUAUUACAUCUACGAUUACAACUACAACGGCUACUACAACUACAACGGCUACUACAACUACAAUGGCUAUUCCAACGACUACUAUUGAAAAACUCAAUACUGUGAAAUCAACCAUUAAUCUGGAGACACCAACGAACGCAAUACCAACACAUGUUAUCCACAUUGACAGUGCGAUUGGGAAAUGAGUGAAAACAGUUACUAUUUAUUCUAUUCCUUGCUUACGGAAGACUGCACCAAUGUUGAUAUCUCAAAUGUCCAAAGAGGAAUUAUAAACAUAUUUUAAUGUCAGUGACUUAUUUAAAGUCAAGUUCGAUUUACCAUUUUCUUCGGGAAAUGCUCGUUCUAGGAGUUUUCUUAUCGCUCCGUUGAUUGACAGUAUCGAGCGAUUGGUUUUGUCAGUAUCUAUUUUUAGUAUUAACUUUCUUACAACUCAUGUCUAAGCAUUUCAUAGCAGACUAAUGGACCAAUGUUAACCACCUUAAAUGGAUCCUAAAAUAUUGAUGUGCAGUUUGACUUUUGGAUUUUUUAACGACCUAAGUUACCAUUGAAACUGCAAAAAAUGUAAAAUAAAAAUCUUUUUUUUUUUAUACCGAACCGAAUAAAAGUUUAUCUGCUUACCCUUCCGGAGCACAUGAAAUAACCCCCAGUUUUUGAUGGGGUUCAUGUUGAUAAGUUUUUAGUUUUUUAUGCUGUGUCUUUUUGUUUUGUCUGUAAGUUUUUUUCAUGUUUAUCCAUGUCGUUGUCAUUUUGUGUUCGAUCUAUGAGUUUGACUGUCCCUCUGGUAUCUUUCGCCCCUCUUUUAUGGAACCAUUGCCAUUGUUAUACGUCAAUGUGGUGCAGACAUUUUUUUUUUAAAUUUCCAACAUGACCGUCCAAGACAUGGAAAAAACCCUCUGAGAAAAACCUUGAAGUAAUAAUUUUAAAUUAAUAUGGUAUACCAGAGAAACUUUAAUGGCAUGCUUGUUGUCACGUGUCAAUUGGACAUCGGAUAUUUGGAAAUGGUCAAAGUUACAAUGAAAACAGAAGAAAAAAAAUCAAAAAAUUGAAAUUGCGUUGAGCUUAAUGAAACUUUACACAAAUAUUUAUAACAAUAUGACGUUCUUCUAUGGCGUUGCUUACAAAGCCAUGUUCCGAUUUUAAUAAAACAUGGGCUGCACGUGA